UUGGCUUACUCCUUCGAGGCCGAUUCAUAUUGCAAUCUCUACGAGGGAAGCAGUUGUGGUCGUACUAGCUUAGUUAGUGCUCUUGUCGGUAUCUCUGGUGGCCGCACUCACAUGGCAAAUGGCCUAAUCAGUGCUGGAGGGGGCAGUAGUAUAGGCAGUGAGCAGCCAGAGAAUUCAGAUUCCUCUUCUCUUCUACAGCACUACCACCAGGAGUCCCAGUCUCUGCGCCCCGAUGAUAUUCCGUUGCGGAGGUUGGUCGGUCUCUACGAACCACGCGUCUUGACUGAUAUGAGUCAAUCAGUUUUCCAAAAGCAAUACUCUCAUCAGCAACUGCCUCUGCAACGGCAGCAGCAGCAAUCAACUUCAUCCCGGCCAACCACUUCCUUUCAGCCGUCAGAUCAGCUGGUUUCCUCAGGUCAAUCUACAUCUUGGCAGCAUCAUUUACAACAACAACGACUUGAAAUGGCUGACUUCCUCAUCGCCUCAGCUACAGGAGGUCAACUGAGAUCAACCCUCACAAGGUCUUAUCAGACUCCCCCUCUUCCCCCGUAG